AUGGCGUUCUUCAGAAAGCAUACUUUAUUUAAUAUAUUAAAGCAAAUUCGGCUUAAUGAAGGAGCUGCUAAUGGCAGCAGUGGUGGGUCGGCGAAAUGGUUGGAUGAUGCUGUAACUUAUGCCGAUGUACAAACGUCUUUUGUGGAUCCAUGCACUUCAUUGCCAUAUCCGGAAAAGGAAUUACACCGGUUUUUAGAAAACAGAGCACCGAAGGUAAUAGAAAAGACUGAUAAUAAAACUGACUGCAAGAGAAGCAACAUCGAGAAGCUUGAUUUUAAUCAAAUACCUAUUGAAGAACAGGUGGUUGUUUUAUUUCCUGGUCAAGGGACUCAAUACGUCGGUAUGGGUAAAAAAGUGAUGGACUGUGGCAGAGUAAUUGAUGUUUAUAAAAAAGCAUCAGAAAUAUUACAGUAUGAUUUGUUGAAAUUGUGCUUGGAAGGACCAAAAUCGAAACUCGACCAGACAAUUUACUCUCAACCAGCCAUUUUCGUCAGUUCGUUGGCUGCAUGGGAAAAAGCAAAGACGGGAAAUGAAACACUGAAUGAUCGUACGACUGACGUAGCUGGUUUCAGUGUUGGUGAAUUUGCUGCAUUUGUAGUUUCUGAAAUACUUUCUUUCGAGGAUGCUCUUCGACUGGUAAAAAUUCGCGCUGAAGCUAUGCAGCAGUGUAGUUUGCGGUAUCAUUCUGGGAUGAUAACGAUACGGGUAAAUGCGGCCACGCGAUUGGAGGAGGCGCUGCAAGAUGCCAAAGCUUAUGCCUGGGAAAAGGGCGAGCUACCGAUAUGUGAAGUAGCCAAUUAUUUGUUUUGCGGUGUGAAAGUCAUUGGGGCAUCGGAAAAUUGCAUUGACUUUCUGAAUAAUAAUCAAGAGAAAUAUAUUUUUCAGGUGGUGAAAAGAUUAAGCGUAAAUGGUGCAUUUCAUACUACCUUAAUGAAAGAUGCUGCUAAUACGCUGAAGAGUGCCCUCAAAGAUGUGAAAAUUAAUCAGCAACCACGAAUGAAUAUUUAUUCAAAUUAUACUGGUAAACUGCAUAUAUACAAGGAGAAACAGAUUCGUGAAGCAAUCAUUAAGCAAGUUUGUUCACCAGUCAAAUGGGAGCAAAUCCAGCAAUUACUUUAUGCAAAACACCAAGACUUCAAGUUUCCAACAUUCAUGGAAGUAGGGCCAGGAAAACAACUUGGUGCGAUGCUUUUGAAAAUUAGCAAAAAAGCUUACGAGAACUACGUGAAUUAUCCUGUGUAG